AUGUUGCCUCCCUCAGAAUGCUCAGCUACAACAGCUUUUCUGGACCCAUCCCGCCGCAUCUCGCACUGCCUAGCUUGGUCCAGCUGUGAGCCCACCUCUGCCCACCAUGCAGUGGCAUGCAUGCACCUCCCUCCCUCCACGCUUCUCAAUAGCAUCCCUUGCAUUCCUAUCUCUGUAUUUCCAACGCUCAACCCUCCCUUCCUAUUUGUAUAUGUGCAUGCGUUGGCCUCCCCUCUUCCUCCCCUCUUCCUCCCCCCUUCCUCCCCUCUUCCUCCCCUUUUCCUCCACCUCGUCCUCCCUCGUCCUCCCGUCUUCCUCCCCUCUUCCUCCCUCUUCAUCCCCUCUUCCUCCCUCUUCCUCCCCUCUUCCUCCCCUCUUCCUCCCCUCUUCCUCCACCUCAUCCUCCCCUCGUCCUCCCCUCUUCCUCCCCUCUUCCUCCCCUCGUCCUCCCCUCUUCCUCCCCUCUUCCCCCCCUCUUCCUCCCCUCUUGCUCCCCUCUUCCUCCCCUCUUCCUUCUUUCUCUGA